GAGAUUCACCCGGAAGUGCAAAUACUACGCCGGCAAUCUUUCCUUUACCCUGGGUAAGCAGUGGUGAGAGCGUGGAUUUAAGCUAAGAUCGCAAAAUCAUCCAGGAUGAGCGUCCCAGCAUUUAUUGACAUCACCGAGGAAGACCAGGCCUCGGAACUCAGAGCCUACUUGAAAUCUAAAGGAGCCGAGAUCUCUGAAGAGAACUCCACUGAAGGCGGACUCCAUGUGGAUCUGGCCCAGAUCAUCGAGGCGUGUGACGUCUGCCUCAAGGAUGACGACAAAGAGGUGGAGAGUGUGAUGAACAGUAUUGUGUCGCUAUUGUUGAUCCUCGAGACAGAAAAGCAGGAGGCUCUCAUUGAGAGUCUCUGUGAGAAGCUGGUGAAAUUUCGCGAAGGAGAGAGACCCUCCCUAAGGAUGCAGCUGCUAAGUAACUUGUUCCAUGGCAUGGAUGAGACCACCCCAGUGAGGUACUCCGUCUUCUGUGGGCUCAUCAAGGUGGCGGCAACUUGUAAUGCCAUUGCCUUCAUCCCGACUGACCUGGACCAGGUUCGGAAGUGGAUCAUUGACUGGAACCUCAACACAGAGAAGAAGCACACACUCCUCAGGCUGGUGUAUGAGGCAUUGGUGGACUGUAAAAAAGGUGAGUCGGCAGCUAAGGUGAUGGUGGAGUUGCUGGGAAGUUACACAGAAGACAAUGCUUCACAAGCUCGUGUUGAUGCCCACAGAUGUAUUGUCCGUGCUCUGAAAGACCCCAACACUUUCCUGUUCGACCAUCUGCUGGCCCUGAAACCAGUCCGCUUUCUGGAGGGAGAGCUUAUCCACGAUCUUUUAACCAUCUUUGUGAGUGCAAAGCUUGCGGCAUACGUUAAGUUUUAUCAGAGCAACAAAGACUUCAUUGACUCCCUUGGCCUGUCCCACGAGCAGAACAUGGCCAAGAUGCGUCUGCUGACGUUCAUGGGCAUGGCGGUGGAAUUCAAGGAGAUCUCCUUCGACACCCUGCAGCAGGAGCUCCAGACGGACGCUGAGGAUGUCGAGGCCUUCGUUAUCGACGCUGUCCGGACCAAGAUGGUGUACUGCAAAAUUGAUCAGACCCAGCGAAAAGUUGUUGUGAGCCACAGCACUCAUCGUACCUUUGGCAAGCAGCAAUGGCAGCAGCUUCAUGACAACCUGACCUCCUGGAAGGCUAACCUAGCCACAGUAAAGACCAGCCUGCAGACUCUCUCACCAUCCGCUUGAUUCUCAUCCCUUCACUCAACUGCCCAGGUUACCAUCUCGGCCUACUAUUCCCAUUUAUUCCUGAACUCUCAGGCGAAUCUGAUCACCAUUUGUUUUAUAUUGACCCAAAAAAUAAAAAAUGAUGGAGAUCCCC